AUGUUGUUCAAGAACUCGAUAACAGUAACAUCGGAUCCAAGACGAGACCAGACAGAAGCCAUCUCAAGACCGAUAAUACCACCACCAAUAAUGGCCAACUUCUUAGGAACCUCAGUCAAUGAAAGAAUACCAGUGGAAGUGACAAUCUUCUUCUCAUCUACCUCGAUUCCUGGGAAAGGAGUGGGUUCAGAACCAGUAGCAAUAAUGAUGUUCUUGGCCUUCAAAUUGACCUUUUCCGAACCAUCAAGGGGCUCGACCUCGAUCUCGUUCUCAUUGACAAAACUACCAGUACCCUUGAAAUAG